AUGGCGGGGCUUUUUGAGUCUCCUCGCAAUGCGGGACAACUCUUUCUAGGAGGACAGAAAAUCAGCGGUGCUGAUAUUCGAGAUCAGAAUGUACUGGCCACUCAAGCUAUUGCCAACGUGGUGAAGAGCUCCUUUGGCCCUUCCGGGCUUGACAAAAUGAUGGUGGAUGACAUCGGGGAUGUCACUGUUACCAAUGACGGAGCCACUAUUCUGAGCUUGUUAGAUAUUGAACACCCUGCGGGGAAAAUCCUGGUGGAUCUGGCAAAGCAACAAGACAAGGAGGUUGGUGAUGGAACGACUUCCGUUGUCCUAAUUGCGGCAGAGCUUUUACGACGAGCGAACGAGCUGAUGAAGAACCGGAUACACCCCACUACGAUCAUCACUGGAUACCGAUUGGCCCUCCGGGAAGCUGUGAAGUAUAUGAAUGAGAACAUCAGCACAAAAGUAGAGCACCUAGGGAGGGAUAGUUUGAUAAAUAUUGCAAAGACAUCAAUGUCAAGCAAGAUCAUAGGCGCUGAUGCGGAUUUUUUCGCUAACAUGGCGGUUGAUGCGAUGCAACAAGUGAAAACGACCACGCCGCGAAAUGAGGUCAAAUACCCAGUGAAAGCUGUCAACUUGCUCAAGGCCCAUGGAAAGAGUGCUACUGAAUCGAUUCUUGUUAAUGGUUACGCUCUUAAUUGCACAGUUGCAUCACAAGCCAUGAAGACUCGAAUUACCGAUGCGAAGAUCGCCUGUCUUGAUAUGAAUUUGCAGAAGGAGAGGAUGAAACUUGGUGUCCAUGUUACCAUUGAUGACCCCCAACAGCUCGAGAAGAUCCGUGAGAGAGAGGCCGGAAUUGUUCUCGAGAGAAUCGAGCUGAUAUUAAAAGCGGGUGCAAAUGUCAUUCUCACUACCAAGGGAAUUGAUGACCUUUGUCUCAAGACGUUCGUCGAGAAGGGUGCGAUGGCAGUUAGAAGAUGCAAGAAGGAAGACCUUAAACGUAUCGCGAAGGCCACGGGAGCGACGCUAGUUAGCACGCUAUCUGAUCUUAAUGGUGAUGAUAAAUUUGACCCGUCUAGCUUGGGACAUGCGGAGGAGGUGGUACAGGAGCGGAUAUCUGACGAUGAAUGCAUCCUAAUCAAGGGCACAAAGAUUCACACUGCUGCUUCGAUUAUCCUGCGUGGCUCAAACGAUUUCCAACUCGAUGAGAUGGAACGAUCCGUACACGAUUCUCUGUGCGCCGUCAAGAGGGCAUUGGAGAGCGGAAGUAUCGUUCCCGGCGGAGGAGCUGUAGAGACCGCACUGCAUAUCUACCUUGAGGAAUUUGCAGUCACAGUGGGCUCCCGCGAGCAGCUCGCCAUUGGUGAGUUCGCCCAAUCUCUCCUCAUCAUCCCCAAAACCCUUGCUAUAAAUGCAGCCAAGGACUCUUCGGAACUCGUCGCGCAGCUCCGAGUCCGCCACGCCCUCUCCCAGCGCGUCCAAGAAGGCGACGCCAACGAGGAAGAAAAAGCCAUCGCCAAGAAGAAGAUGUAUAGAAACUACGGCCUCGAUCUCACCAAGGGCAAGGUUGUCGAUUGUGUUAAAGCGGGUGUCCUGGAACCUAGCAUGAGUAAAAUUAAGCAACUGAAGAGUGCGGUGGAGGCUUGUAUUGCGAUUAUGAGAAUCGAUACGCUGAUUAAACUUGAUCCAGAGAGGAGGGCUGAGGAUGAUGGGCAUGGACACCACUAA